AAUUGCAUCAAAAUAGUUGUCAUGGCGGAAGAGUUAAACACAUCGAAAGUGGAAGAGGAAGGUAAAGAUUUUGGCUUCGAUGAUUUUCCCGGUGAUUUCGAACCGGGUGCUUCGAAAGAAGCUAUGUUUACCGCUACAGAAUCGUACGAAGAAGAUGAAAAUGUCGAAAACGUAGAUUAUUGCGGCGACGAAAUGGUCCGUCGAACGAGUGUAAUCAGUGAAUUAGGAAAAGAAAAUAGAAGCGAAGUCGAUCUACCCGAGAGUGAAAAGGUGGAUACAGAUCAAUUGCAAGAAUUAUCAAUAGUAGAUCAGCCUGAAAUGGAAGAAGAAAAAUGUGAAGGCGAUGUAUAUAGUACUGAAUGGAAACAGCAGAAAAAACAUGUUUUUAUUUUAAGUGAGGCAGGAAAACCUAUUUAUUCUAGACAUGGAAAUGAAGACAAAUUAGUUACUAUGAUGGGUGUCAUGCAAGCAUUAGUUUCUUUUGUUCAAGAAAGUGGUGAUAUAAUUAGGUCCUUUCAUGCUGGAGAACAUAAAUUUGUUUUUCUAAAUAAAUCACCUUUAAUUCUUGUUUGUGUGGCAAAUACUAAAGCAUCAGUUCCACAAUUACAAAAUCAAUUAAUAUAUAUUUAUAAUCAAAUUUUGUCAGUGCUUACUCAUAGCCAGUUACAUCGUAUAUUUGAACAAAGACAUAAUUAUGACUUACGGCGAUUACUUGGAGGAGCAGAGAAAAUGCUGGAUAAUUUGAUUGAUAUAAUGGACCAAGAUCCGAGUUUUCUUUUAACUGCUGUACGAUCUUUGCCUUUAGAUAAUUCAGUCAGAGAACAAAUAGGACAAACAUUGUCACAUUAUUGUGGAAAAAUUAAGAAUGUUGUUUUUGCUAUACUGAUAGCAGAUAAUCAGUUAGUAACAUUAGUAAGAAUGAAAAAAUAUUCCUUACAUCCUGCUGAUCUACAUUUAAUUAUGAAUUUAGUAAAAUCUUCUGAAUCUUUGAAAACUGCUGAAUCUUGGAUUCCAAUCUGCUUACCAAAAUUUGAUGCAAGUGGAUUUCUUCAUGCUCACAUAUCAUAUUUGGAUGAUAGUUGUCCAGCUUGUCUUUUAUUAUUAACUGUUGAUAAAGAACUGUUUUAUAGCCUUCAGGAAUGCCGCCGCAAGAUUGUUGAAAGGUUAAAAAAACAUCAUUGUUUAGAAGUAAUAAAUAAAUCACUUAAAGAUUUUGGAUAUUCUGUCAGUGAAGUGGGAAUACCAGAACUGAGGCAUUUUCUUUAUAAAUCCAGAUCUACUGCCCAGUUCACAAGUCCCCGUAUUAAAGCUCCAUACACAACACCAGAAGAUUGGACGUCCCUCUAUGGAUUAUAUCAAUACCUUCAUCAUAGAAUGUAUAAUCCCUCUAGACCGUUAAAAACGUUAUUUUAUUCUGGAAGUAAAGAAACUAUGAUGGGAUGGCAUAUGCAAGGAUUUGAACUUUAUGCUACAUUUGAACCACUAGUCACCAAAUUUGAUGCUUCCACAGCUAUGAAAGAAGUUGUGCAUUGGAUUAAACGAGAGGAAACUCGACUUUUUGUAAUGGAUGCUCCAACAAUGUGAAACCAAAGAGCUUAGAUAAAAGUGCACGGUAGAAUAUUUAUAUAAAUAUCAUUCCUUGAUACAUAAAAAUGUUUUAUGUAUGCCUGUUAUCUGUACAGUUUUUGAUUUAUGUAUAAAGUUUAUUGAAUUGUAUAAUGGAAUUGUUAUUAAAAUUAUGUAAAAUAUUAAUAAAAUCAAUUA